ACUUUGGGUGUUUAUCCUGUUAAAAGUGAGGCUCGUGAGAUGGAAGUAACUCUUUUCGUUCUAGUUAAUAAGGAUGAAAGAGACCCCAACAUCCAAUCAGUUUUUGUGAAGAGUGAAUAUUAUAGCAUUUGUGGGAAAGUUGUACCUGGA